CUUGGGCAGCUGGAGUUGGAAGCUGGAAGUCGAGAAAACCAGCAGACCAUGAUGACGGGUGGCACUUGUACAGUUGCCCAUCACAACAUUCCAAUACGGUACUAGCUAGCUAGUACACAAGCAAGCUAAACAAGUGCAUGGCUGCUGGUCUCCAUUCCCAUUACUAGUCUAGCUAGUAUUCUUGUUUCUAUAAAUUUUCAAGCGACAGUUCACAAAAAGCUCUCUCUAUCAUUCUAUUCUCUCUUCCAAAAUAUUCAAAAAGAUGGAUCCACUAUCCGUGCUGAAAAUGGCAAUCCAGUUCAUCCUGGGAUUCUUUGCUCUGGCCACAGUAGUAUCUUCCCUGGUGGCAGCGCUGCAAGAACGCAAGAUUUGGGCUCCAGCCAACAUGCCUUCCUUAUCUCCCUUUGCCAUGGUCAAGGUAUUCCUGUUCAACAUUGUAUGGAUCACUUCUUCGGCAGUUGGAUGUACCAUUAUUUGGAUCAAAUACUUUCUCCUAUUCGGGACACCCGAUAUUGUCAAGGAGUGCAAUGUGUGGGUCGAAAAAACCGGUUCCUAUCUCUGCUGUGGCAUGCUGGGCAAGGUCACUGUGAUUGGGGUCGAAAACUUGCCCCCCGAAGACCUUUCCGUACCCGCACCCGUCUAUAUCGCCAAUCACGCCUCCCAGAUUGACCUUGGAGCCGUCUACUUUAUCCAUCGACGAUUCAAAUGGAUUGCCAAACAAUCCGUACUCUACGUACCCGGCGUUGGAUUGAUCAUGUACACUGGCGAUCACGUAUUGAUCAACCGAGUCAAGGGCAAGAACAAAAAAUCCGUUUCCACACUCUUUGAAAAAUCCGAUGCCUCCGUACAGUCGGGAAUCCCCAUGUUUCUGUUUCCCCAAGGAACACGGGUCAUGGCCAAACGAUUGCCGUUCAAAGAAGGAGCCUUUGUCAUUGCACAAAACAACAAAAGUACCAUUGUACCAAUAUCCAUUGAUAUUCCCAUGAAUGUCUGGGAAACAUGGUAUCCAUUGAUCAGAACCACCGUGCCAGAAAUCAAGCUCACCGUACACAAACCCAUCAAAGUCACGGGACAAGAAGACAGACAGGAAUUGAAGAAACAAUGUUUUGAACAAAUCUACAGUUGUUUACCACCCAUUUGGGAAAGGGAAGAAGAAGAGACAACAACAACCAAGGAAGCAACAGACAGCAAAAAGGACAAAUAAUAAUGAGGGAUCUGGAAUCCUUCGGUUUUGGUGGUUGUUUAUUUAUUUGUUUGUGUGCAUGGCAGUGUGCCAGAAGCAACGGUGUGCAUCAUUGUAAUCGUCCCAUCCAACAACAACAAAACCCAGUGUGGCGAGCACACGGGACGGAACAGCAUAGAUAGGUCAAAACUUGUAGUUCUGGAUUUUUAUUCAUAGCCAGAAAACUGCUUUCUAGUUUGGUACCGUAUGAACAGAAUCAUCCCAUGGGUACAAUUAAAUUUAACUUGUGAUUUGGAGGUGGGGCAGCACCAAGACACCCAAACAAAAUCUGCUUCAGUUUGUACUCCCUCACUGUUUAUUGUCCACACUACAAAACAGUCGAUUGGCACAGUCUUCCAUGCGCUGGAUGUAUCCUGCCACUGCAAUAGUACAAAAAUGUAAGCCACGGAAUCGUACUACAAAGUCUUCUUGGCGAUGGCUGCGGUAGACAUCAGGAAGGCUGUCGCUGAGGUAACUCAGUUGUUCCACAAACAGCUG